AUGCCCAGGCUGUCAUAUGUGUGGUCCUCUUGUGAGAGCUACAGAUGUCGAGAUAAUCCUGAUGCAAGUGGUCAGAAACUACAGGCCAUUCAUACAGCUGCGAGACAUCAUGACACUGAUCAGCAGCUCCACAAUGCUCAUGCCACUGAACCAGUUGAUGAUGUCGCUUCUGGGCAUGAGCCCUUUGGAGCCGACGAACCAUUUAUGCAUAGUGAUAAUGAUGGGGAAGUGAACUUAUACCCUCCUGAGCUGCUAGACAACCUCUUCAAGAUGUGGAAUCAACCCCCCAAUUCCAAUGCACCACAGGAUGAUGUGAAAGAUCCCGCUGUUCUUGAUGAUGAUCCUAGCACUCUUACUGAGAAUGAUGAUGAUGUCCCCCGUGAGGAUGAGGCUAUUGCCACUAUUAAUCUCUUUGUAUCACAGGGCACCCAAUUUGAUCUCUCGGAUGUCCAAGAAGCAGCAGAUAUUGAUGCUGACCCUCCAUCAUGCAUAGACGACCACCCAGCAGUCAGCAAUGCAUACAUAUGUGCAUUUAUAUCUGCAGCUUUCUACAAUGCUAUUCAUGCAGCAGUAUAUCAUGAUCUUGAAGGAAAGGAGCACCUUCUGCACACCACUCAACAGGCCAACCCUGAUAUCAAGUAUCCAGGGCUCAAUAACUUUGCCCACACACUCCCUACCCUCCUCAGACAACUUGGUCUAUCAACAGAUCAAUUUAUUGUCUAUUUUUUGUAUCUUUCCGAGCUACUUUCCCCUGAUUGCACUGUCACUAAUUAUGACAGAUCAUUAUACACCUUGAAACGACCCGCUGAUGGCACCCUCAAACAAACUCCAACAAAAAUCAUCCCAUAUCCAAUGAGGAACAUCUAUGACAGAUAUGGCUGGCAUAUGAUUGAAGCGGGGCUAGAGCGUCAAAGAGGUGGAUGCUGGGAAAUAGAGGAUGUAGAUGUGCAUGAACUUCAUCAACACUUUGUUUUGCUACCUUGCAGCCUGGUCUGGCAGAUCAAUAUUGACUGGUUUCAAGUGGUCAAAGGAAAAUCAGGCUAUCAUUCCAUGGGUGCAUUUUAUGCUGUUAUCUGCAACAAUCUGCACUCUAUUUGUUAUCUUCCAGAAGAAACAAUCUUUGUUAUAGUUAUGCCAGGACCUGACGAGCCGUCAUUAGAGGAGAUGAACUAUCUCUUAGAACUGUUUGUGGAGAGAGUAGAAUUCACCGUUUAUGGUCAUGAUGAUCUGGAGGUGUCACACUCUCAUCUGUACUGUAAUGUAUCUGAUCUCCCAUCAAGUCGCAAAGUGACCGGCCUCCAAGGUCAUAGUUCAAAGUUCUUCAUGUGUCCAACAUGUAAAACACCUUUCUUCUUGCUUGCUCACCCUAGUUAUUUUGAUCUGUCAAGUAUAUAUCUCACUAAUCAAGGCAUCCAUUGGUCUGCCCUCAAUUACCUUCCAGGUUGGAUGCCUACUCAUAGCUCUGUUGUCAAGUUCAUGCAUGCCGUGUUUCAUCUUAACAGGAUCAUCCUUAUCAAGUCUGGUUUACUUAAAGGAAUGAAACUUUGUCUUUCAACUAGCAAGAUAUCACCUAACGCAGAUCAGUGGCGCAAUCAAAUUGGAGUCCUUUUUGUCGCUCUGUAUGAUGCAUGGGCAGUCAACGCAUCUAAUACCAAAAACUUCACUGCACAAGCCACGAUGCAGAAAACUCUUUACUCGCAGCUUAUGGAGCAUCUCCUUGCUCGCAAUGCAAAUCCUUCUGAUGCUGAGAUCACUGAUUGUAAUUUACAUCACCAUUAUGCUGUAAUUCUCAAGUUCUCUGCUACUGUGCACAUCCUAUCAUCUCAAUCUAUCAGUCCAGAUGAUGCUCACAUGGGAUGUCACUUGACUCCAUACUUUUAUGUUGUUAAUCACUUUGAACAACAGAUGUACAAAUUUGGAUCUUGCUAUGCAACAUGGGCUUUCACAUUUGAACGACAUAAUGGCAGGCUCGCGAAGAUCAAUCACAACCAGCAUAAAGGAGGAGAGCUUGAAGCUAUGCUGAUGCAACAAUGGUGGAACAUCACAUUUAAUUAUGAACUCAUAUCUUUUGAUGAUGACAAAGACUCGCUGCAUCUUUUUCAGACAUCCCUAAAGGCACAAGAGAAAACCAAUGUCAUUCAAGAGGAAUUGACUUUUGCCAAGCACCCUAAAAAGCUCCAUCUAUCGGCAAUUAGUGACGAUGUGUAUCAAAUCACAUAUGAGUACCUGUGCAAUGAGUGGAGGGCAAGUGUCCAUCUCAAGACUUCUAUGAACAUCUUGGGAGAUGACAAGAACUUUAUGGGCCAUGCCAGAUCAUACUCUCACUUGUGGUUGCGGAGACUUCAUUAUGGUUCUGCAACUGCUCACCAAGGAAAUACCCCUUGUGCGGAUCUUGCUAUUGUAUGGUGCUUUAUUUUGGAUGACAACAUAUCUGAGUUUCCAUGGGUGCUUUGGGCAAUAGAUUUAGAUGUUUCUGCAUAA